AUGUGCACUCCUGUGCAGCAGCAGCAGCAGCAAAGACGCACCACCGCACUUUUAACAAAUCAGAAAAUGCCAUGUACUACAGAAACACCGGAAACGUCGAUUGUUGCAGAAAAUGCGUCGAAGUUGGAAUCCGAUUCAUCGGCUCUGGCAUCUUGUUCGCUUAAUGAAUCAGUGGUUGCCGGAAUGGCCAAAAUAUCAAUGCAGAAGCCGAAUAUUUUUGUAAAGCCUGAAGUCGCUGCCGAAAAAACGGACGACGGUGCAAAGACGACGAAGACAGUGAAUAAUAUAAAGAAGUUGGGGUGCGUGACGGCAGCGCUCUCUGCGAAACUGCCCAUUCGUGAAGUUGCUGUUGUGGAAGGAAGACAGAAUUCGGCACUGGCACUUCCACCGGAAUCGAGGACCUGCCCAAGGAAAAGGCAAAUUUCGGAAGGACUGGGUGCGCAUAAAGGAUCGGAAACAGUUAUCCCGAAAAAAACGUCUUUUUGA